AUGCCGUUUGGCAUCCUCGAAGACCGCAAACUCGAGCAUGUCCCCGGUACGGCACCACUCAGCGAGGUCGGCCGUACAGAUCUCGCAAUUGAAAAUGACGGCCUCGAUCGCGCGCUCCUAAAGCACGAUCCGACAGGGCAGAUCGUGCUUGUACCACAGCCGUCCGAUUCCCCAAAUGAUCCGUAUAAUUGGCCGCGGUGGAAGAAGGAAUUGUUCACUCUCAACAUCAUAUUUGGCUGCGGAUGCGUUGGAGCCGUGGGACCUUUACUCACACCAGCAUUUGUGCCACUAUCGGAGCAGUUUAACGUUUCUCUCACGCGGUUCACUUACGGCACGAACGGGUCCUGUUUAGCAGCCAUCGCCUUUGGAAGUCUGCUAUUCAAUACGCUCGCUGUCAAGAUUGGAAAACGACCGAUCUACCUUACGACCACGUUGGGCUUGGCUGUCUGUUGUUUCUGGGCGGCAGAGGUUCGGAGCUUUGGUUCCCUGAUUGGCGCCCGUACGGUCCUGGGAUUUUGUAUUGCACCCUUCGAAGCAUUAAUCCCUGCAUCUGUCGCGGAUAUAUGGCAUGUGCACGAACGCGGCUUUCGGAUGGCAAUCUUCAAUCUUGGCGUUCUAGGGGGUAUUGUAAGCGGAGUCGUAAUCGACAAGGGCAGUUACCGCAUUGCCAUGCACGCCAUGGGCGGUGCAUUUGUGCUGAUGCUAUUCAUGAAUAUCUUCUUUAUGCCGGAGUCUGCUUUCCACCGCACCAAUGUGCUUAAUAUCGAUACCGGCGGCAAGACUAUGGAGGUCGGAGAGAAGGGCGUGGACCAAGUCGAAGAGAACCAAGAUGUUCGGGCGGCAUCGGAUCCACGCAUUUCAUACACCAGAGAACUCCUUCCAUGGUCCGGGUUCUGGGAUCGGGUAUCCUUCUGGAGGACCUUCAUCCGGCCGUUCUUUAUGCUUGCGAGUCCAGUCGUGCAGUGGGCGACUUUGAUGCUGACCAUCUGCAUCUCGUGGCUCGUGUUGAUCUCCAUCACGCUGUCCCAAAUUUUCUCGGCACCACCAUACAACUUCUCGAUUAGUUCCGUGGGUGCAACAAAUGUCUCGGCCUUCGUCGCAUCACUACUUGCUACGUUUGUAGCCGGUUAUGUCAUCGAUGGCAUCGCCAAGUUGAUGUCAAUGAGAAACAAGGGCAUUUUUGAGCCAGAAUUCCGCCUGGUCGUUAUGGUCACGUUUAUAGCAUUUGCAUCUACAGGCUUCUUCGCGUGGGGCGAGUCUCUUUACAAGCAAUACCCCUGGCCCGUCCCCGUCAUCGUGUGCCUGGGCCUCAUCAAUCUGGGUGUGCAAUUCGGCAUAACCGUCCUCGCCACGUACGUGACAGAUUGUCACCGGGAGCAAUCCGCCGAAGCGUUUGCGAUCAUGAACUUCGUCAAGAACAUGUUCGCAUUUGGACUCACAUUCUAUGCAAACGACUGGGUGGCCGAGCAGGGGGUGCGGAAGGUGUUCUUUGUGAUCGGCGGCCUGACGGUGGGGGCGACGAUGCCGACGACGAUUCCGAUGUAUGUGUUCGGAAAGAGGGCGAGGAGUUGGGUGUACAGGUCUCGCGCGAUUGACCGGGUGCUGAAGGAUUAA